AUGGCACAGUUUAGAAAGAAGCUAGGUACUGCAGCGAUGCGCUAUCAAUUUGAUUUGACUAUCAUAGCCGUUUCUAUGGAACUACCUUACUUUGUUAAUGUCAGUUUGGUUUUAAAAAGAGGACCAAAGAGAUUAGAAACAAAGAACAAAUUAAAAAUUGGAGGAGAGGAGAUUAAGCGCGUUGAAUUUAAUGAGACUUUGUCUAUGCUUGCAACAGUACACAAGAACAAAUAGACAGGAGCUUUUGUUGAGAGAAAUGUAAGUACCAUUCAAGAUGCUUUGAUUGAAUAACAAAUGAUAUAGGCUAGUUUGAUUGUCUAAUUUUAGAAAGGGGAUGCAUUGAAAAAUGUGGGAGUCAUUAAGCUCAAUAUUGGGGAGACUAUAGAUAUCGCAGAACCUAUCAGAAAGAAACUUAGAAUAGAUAAAUUGAAUCCUUAGUAUGAGGGAAUCGUUGAGAUAUCAAUGAAGUCAACUUUAGUAGCAGGAGCAGCAUCAGGAGAUACUCUCUCAUAGAUGUCUGAUGUACUGAGUGUGGAUAGCGGUGUGGAUUCAGAAUUCGAUUUUGAAGAUUUUGAAUAAGAGGCAAAUGCAGGUGGUGGUUAAGCUAGCGCCCGUAGAGGAGGCAGAAAGCCUGCUUCUAUUAUUAGGACACAAAUCAAAGCAAGCAACGAUCCUACACGACCUCCUUUAAUGCUUGGUAAGCCAUUGUCAGAAAAAGAUGGUGCUUUCGACCCUUAGAAACUAAUUGAUUCAAGUAAUAGUCGAUAAGAAAAUAUGAUAUAGAAAUAAAAAUCUCUAGAGUCAACUCCUUCUGCAUCUGAUCUAUUAAGCUAGAAAAUAAAAACAAUAAGAGCAUCUGCAUUCAAGAAGCAAACUUUGUCGAAUAUUCCGUCUCAGGAUUAACUUUAAGCACCAUAUGUUUAACAAGAGGAACUAAAACUACCCCCUAUUGAGGAAGAAAAAAAAGAAAAGAUUUAGGCUGAAAGAGAUUCUGAUAAAUAAGAUAGAACACCUAAGAGAAAGUUAUCAAGAGCAGUGGUGAAGAAUAUCAGUCGUGCAGGUGAAACUGGUUUAGAGACUAUAAAUGAGGAUGUAAAGGAAGAAAAUGCACGAUUGAGUUAAAUAAAUUUAGGAAAGAUUGUUAUAUCAAAUGAUAUCAAAGUUUCUCGUGUAUAACAGUCUUAAGAGCAAAAAAAUGAUGCUACAUUAACUUAGACUACAUCUUAGAGUAAUAUUUAAGAAAAGCCAAAGUCAUCUCAUUAGCCACUUAUUAUCCCAAGUGCUUAGAUUUUCCAACAGUAAUAAUUAGUAAAGAAGGUCGAAUCACUAAAUGAGGAAAAAAAUAAGUUGGUGGAGGAUUAUUAGAAGUAGCUAUAAUUAGUAUUAAGAGAUAAAGAGGCUGUAAGUUAAUAGGUGGGUAAACUAGAAAAUUAAAUGCACAAUCUAGAGACUGAAAAGCAAAAAAUAUAAUUGAAGAAUCAGUAGAACGAGAAUCAAAUAUAGAAACUAAAGUCUAAGAUUGAUGAUUUAAACACUGAAAACACUCAGCUCCAAAACUAAUUGAACGAAUAGGUUAGAGAAUUAAGCACCAAGAACGAAGAGAGUAGUAAAUAGUAACAAUAAUAACUCAAAAAGCUAAAAGAAUAGAUCGAAUCAGUAGAGAGGGAGCUGUAAGAUACUAAAAAUAAAUUAAAGGAUAAAGAAAAAGUUAUAUAGCAGAAAGAAGCUGACAUUGACAGCUUAAACUAAAAUGUUGAGAAGCUAAGAUAGCAACUUAUUGAAACUAAACAGAGUACAAUGUCAAGUCAAAGUCAAAUAGAAUAGAGUCUUAAAGAAAAGAUUAUAAAGUUAGACAGAGAAAUCGAUGAAUUAAAGAAAGAUAGUAGGAUGAAACAGGGCAAGAUAGAAGAUAUAAGUCAAAAGUAUAAUGACUCAGAAAGAGAACGAGAGUAGUAGAAGUUUAUGCAAGAAAAACUAGAACAUGAGAAAAAUAGAUUGACUGAUUAGGUCAAGAAAAAUUAGGAAAAGGAAAAAGAAUAACUGAAAUAACUUGAUAAUGUUAAAAAUGAAUUCAAGCAAAAGGAGACUAGGACCUAGCAGGAGAUAGAUGAUUUGAAAAGAUAGAUAGAGUAAAUUGAGUUAGAGAAGAAUUCAGCUACUAAACUGGUGAAGGAGAAGGAAAGGAAAAUAAAGACUCUUGAAAGCAAGAUUGCAGACCUUGAUUAAGACAAAGUCUCAGCUUACAAUGAGUAUUAGGAGUAGUUAGAAUCUCAAAAGAAUAUUUAUGAGUUGCAAAUAGUAGAAUUCAGAAAAAGAAUAUAAGAGUUAAACGAGAAAUAAGAGCAACAAAAACAAUAAAUUAUUUAGUAGUAGGAAUAGUUGAGUUAACUAUAACAAUAGUAACAGCAAUUACCAAGAGCUCCUUCAAAAUCACCUAGCAGAAUGCAAAAGCAAGUCUAGUUCAAAGAUCAAGACGCUCGUAACAAAGCCAACAAUAAAUAGAAAGGAGCUGAGUAAGAGGAUCAUGAGUUGCUAACAGAGAAUAGGAAACUCCAGGAACUUCUGGUCUAGAAAGAAGAAGAAAGCUAUAAUGCAAUUCAAGAACUUAGAUAAGAAAAUACACGUCUUAUGAAGCAAAUGAAGCAGAAUAGGUCAGAGUCUCAAAAUAGAACUAAUGAUAGAGAACUAGCCAAACUAAGUGUGGAAAAUGACAAUUUAAAAUAGUAGAUCGAAGACUUAAAGCAAAAUAGAUAAUCUAUUAAUACUAAGAUUGAGAAAAAGUUAGCUGUGUCUAAUGACGAUGAAGGUGAUGAGCUUGUAUCCUCUUUAAAAAAGAAACUAAAGGAGCUUCGCGAGGAAAACCUUUAACAGCAUCAGCAAAUUAAACAAUUAAGUCUUGAUAAUAAAAACAUAGAGGAUAAGUUAGUAGAAUCAAAGAUUCAAUGUGCCAAUCUAGACAUGGAAAAUGAUGAUUUGGCCAUGAGGCUUAAUUAAAAGAAAGAGCAACUUAAUAUAUUCAGUGAGUAAGUCACAAAGCUUGAGAUUGAAUUGGUAAAGUCUAAGUAGGAUCUGGGAGAAGCACUAAAUGCUGUGUACGAGUAUGAACAAACUGCAGCUGACAGAGAGUUAAUGCAAUCUAUUGAAUGCAACAUGACCUUCAAAGAAGGAAUGACCUAAAGUUAAACUCAGCGUGAUGGCAGUUAAGACAGUAUGGAUAUUCAGAGUAACUCUUCAAGCUCUAAUCAAAAGCACUUAGACUAGAAUGAAAAUGGCAACGGCAGUACCAAGAAAAAGUCUAACAAAGACAAGAUAAAGAGCUUUUUCGCUGGAAGUAAAGGCAAGAAAUGA